AAAGCGAGGCGAUUACACACCUCGAGAAGAUUUCUAUCGAACGUGGCUCGAAUAUAAACGAGGCUUCGGUGAUCUACAACGGCAGUUUUGGUUAGGGAAUGAUCGCUUGUCGAUUUUGACCAAUCAAGAUUCAUAUCGACUACGAGUCGAUCUGGAAGAUUUUGAUGCACAAAAACGGUUUGCAGAGUACAGCGCUUUUCGAGUAUCAAAUGAAGCUGAUAAAUAUCGAUUGAUCUUGGGAUCUUAUUUAAAGGGUGAUGCGGGGGAUUCAUUAGUCACCCAAAAUAACAUGCAGUUUUCAACGAAGGAUCAAGAUAAUGAUGCUAAUUCUGGAUAUUCAUGUGCACAAGUAUACAAUGGAGCGUGGUGGUAUAAUGCUUGCCAUUCGACUAAUUUGAAUGGUGGAUAUUUGCGUGGACCACAUCCGACGGUAUACGCUGCAGGUGUCAAUUGGUUUACUUUUAGAGGCCAUUACUACUCAUUGAAAACUACAGAAAUGA